UUUUGUAAUUCCCAACAUUUCCUCUAGUUUCCUUUCCUUUUUCCACCUCUGGCAGAAACGGGCCUCUUUCCUCUCGGUCGUGGCUGACGCUGAAACGCAGACGGAGUGAGACCUCCCCUCCCGGAGUUCCCCCCAUCUCCGAUUGGCGCCACAGGUUGCUCACCUGUGUGCAGGGCGCGCGCGAGCUCCGUGCGAGCGGGCGACGACGGCGGCGCGCGCCAGAGAGAGAGGGAGAGAGCUGCCAUUCCAACACAUUCGACCGCGGUGCGACGGAACGAAGCGCACGCGGCGACCACCUCUAAAUAUUAACCAUUAAAACUCCACCCAACAACCCCCCCCACCACGGAGCUCUAAGGUCGCGUUUCCAAACGCACCACCGAGCGCGGCAGGGCGAGACGCUCGGUCGGUAAAGUGCAGCCGUCAAACGCCACGUCGCCUAAAACAAACAAACAAAACUAAAGCCCGAACAGUUGGUUCUCUCCCUCUCUCUUCGCGCCGUCGCUGUGAGCCAUGCUGGACCCGUCCUCCAGCGAAGACACCGGCGGGGAGUCCGACCCAGAAGUUGCCCCGGAGGAGGCUCCGAGGAAACCGGCCGCCGCCUCCUCGGCGGGGAUACGGGGCGACGGCGGCGGCGGCGGCGGCAGCAGCGGCAGCAGCAGCAGCAGCAGCCGGGCGGGCGGCCGGCAGCGGCAGCCCGCCGCACCCGGAGGCGCCCCCGGCAAGGGUGCGAGAGACAGCGGGGCUGCAGGUGAAGAGGAGGAGAGGAAGGAGCGAGAGCGGAUCCAGAAGGAGGAAGAGGAGAGGAAAAUUAAACUGCAGAUUUAUGUGUUCGUCCUGCGGUGCAUAGCCUACCCGUUCAACGCCAAGCAGCCCACCGACAUGGCCCGGCGGCAGCAAAAGGUGAACAAGCAGCAGCUGCAGGCGGUGAAGGAGCGUUUUCUGGCCUUCCUCAACGGGGACACUCAGAUCGUGGCGGAUGAAGCUUUCUGCAACGCUGUGAGGAGCUACUACGAGGGCUUCCUGAAGAGCGAGCGUGUUUCCCGGAUGGUUCAGAGCGGCGGCUGCUCGGCCAACGACUUCCGCGAGGUCUUCAAGAAGAACAUCGAGCGGCGCAUUCGCAGCCUCCCGGAGAUUGACGGCUUGAGCAAAGAGACGGUGCUGAGCUCCUGGAUCGCCAAGUAUGAUGCCAUCUACAGGGGGGACGAGGACAUGCGGCGUCAGCCACAGCGAGCCCACCUGAGUGCUGUGUCGGAGCUCAUCCUCAGUAAGGAGCAACUGUACGAGAUGUUCCAGCAGAUCCUUGGCAUCCGGAAGUUCGAGCACCAGCUGCUGUACAAUGCCUGCCAGCUGGACAACGUGGAUGAGCAGGCAGCUCAGAUACGCAGAGAGCUGGACGGCAGGUUGCAACUGGCCGAGAAGAUUGCCAGGGAGAGGAGAUACCCAAAGUUCGUCUCUCCUGACAUGGAGGCGCUGUACGUGGAGGAGCUGCGUUCGUCGGUCAACCUGCUGAUGGCGAACCUGGAGAGUCUGCCGGUGUCCAAAGGAGGGCCGGACUUCAAACAGAAGCUCAAACGCUCCUCUAUGAAUAACUCCUUCCUGGACAUGGGAGACGAGGGAGACAUCCUGUCCAAGUCUGACGUGGUCUUGUCCUUCACUCUGGAGAUUGUGAUUGUGGAGGUCCAGGGUCUGAAGUCUGUCGCUCCAAACCGGAUCGUGUACUGCACCAUGGAGGUGGAGGGAGGAGAGAAGCUGCAGACGGACCAAGCUGAAGCCGCCAGACCACAGUGGGGGACUCAGGGGGACUUCACCACAACUCACCCACUGCCCUCGGUCAAGGUAAAGCUGUUCACAGAGAGCACCGGGGUCCUGGCUCUGGAGGACAAGGAGCUGGGCCGGGUGGUCCUGAACCCGACCACCAACGGACCAAAGCAGGCCGAGUUCCACCGGAUGGUCGUCCCCAAGAACAGUCAGGACACCGAGCUGAAGAUCAAGCUGGCCGUCCGCAUGGACAAACCCCCCAACAUGAAGCACAGCGGGUACCUGUACGCUCUGGGACAGAGAGUCUGGAAACGCUGGAAAAGAAGAUAUUUUGUUCUCGUUCAGGUGAGUCAGUACACGUUCGCCAUGUGCAGCUACAGAGAGAAGAAGGCCGAGCCUCAGGAGCUGAUGCAGCUGGAGGGCUACACGGUGGACUACUGCGACCCUCAGCCAGGUCUGCAGGGCGGUCGGGUGUUUUUUAACGCGGUGAAGGAGGGCGACCUGGUGAUGUUUGCCUGUGACGACGAGCAGGACCGGGUGCUGUGGGUCCAGGCCAUGUACCGGGCCACCGGACAGUCCUACAAACCGGUCCCACCGCUGCAGAACAAAACCAAAAACUGCAGAGGAGGAGUUCAGAAACCAGCGUCCCCCAUCAGCCUGGAUCCGUCUCAGCGGCAGGGGGUGGAGGAGUUGAUCUCUGCCGCUCCGAGUCGCUUCGACCACGCCGCCCUGUUCACCAUUUUACAGAAACACACUCUGCAGCACCGCAUGAACGACUCCUUCUCCUGCCUGGGUUGGUUCAGCCCCGGUCAGGUGUUCGUCCUGGAUGAGUACUGCGCCCGGUAUGGCGUUCGAGGAUGCCACCGUCACCUGAGCUACCUGAAGGGUCUGAUGGAUUAUUCAGAGAACAAUGCACUGGUCGACCCCACGCUGCUGCACUACAGCUACGCCUUCUGCGUCUCCCACGUCCACGGAAACAGGCCUGAUGGGAUGGGGACAGUGACCGUGGAGGAGAAAGAGCAGUUUGAGUCCAUCAGGAGUCGCCUCAUGGCUCUGCUGGAGAACCAGAUCACACAUUUUAGGUACUGCUUUCCCUUUGGAAGACCAGAUGGGGCCCUGAAGGCAACGCUCUCCCUGCAGGAACGGGUUUUGAUGAAGGACAUCACCACGCCCGUCCCUCCAGAGGACAUGAAGAGACUGGUGCAGAGGUGUCUGGAAAAGGCGGCACGGAUCAACUACAGCCAGCUGAUCGAAUACGCUCAGAUCAAGGCGGAUGCUCAGGCGGCUCAGGAGAAACGGCUGGAGGACAUGAUGAGACUGGGAGAGCUCUGCAUCGAAGUGCUGCAGCAGAACGACGAACAUCACUCCGAGGCUUUCUCCUGGUGGCCGGAGCUGAUGGCCGAACACGCCGAGACCUUUCUGUCUCUGUACAGAGCCGACAUGGACGCCGCCCUGCAGGUCCAGCCUGUCGACUCUUGGGACAGCUUCCCGCUGUUCCAGCUCCUCAACAACUUCCUGCGAACUGACCCUCACCUGUGCAACGGGACGUUCCACAAGCACCUGCAGGACCUGUUCGUCCCCUUGGUGGUGCGCUACAUCGACCUGAUGGAGUCGUCCAUCGCCCAGUCCAUCCACCGCGGCUUCGAGCAGGAGACCUGGCAGUCCGUCAAGUCGUUAACUAACAAUCUAGCGAGCGUUCCUCUUCCCAAAGUCCCCGGCCUUCCCCUAACGCUGCCGCAGAUGCCCAGUUUCUCAGCACCUGCCUGGAUGGGACCGCUGUGUGAGAGCACCUUGCAAGGAAUAAAUCUACCUGACAUCUUUAAUGGCUCAGCCACCUCGGAGGAUUUGUUCUGGAAGCUGGAUGCGCUGCAGAUGUUCGUGCUGGACCUGCACUGGCCGGAGCCCGAGUUCGCCAAACAUCUGGAGCAAAGGCUCAAACUGAUGGCCAGCGACAUGAUGGAGGCCUGCGUCAAGAGAACAAAAUCCGCAUUCGAUGCUAAAAUGCAGAAAGCAAGCAAGUCGACGGACUUCCGUGUGCCGCUGUCAGUCUGCACCAUGUUCAACAUGCUGAUGGACGCCAAGAAGCAGUGCUCCAAACUCUGCGUGCUGGAUACCGGUCAGGAGAUUGACAAACAAUGGCAACAGUACCACUCCAAAAUCGAUGUCCUGAUUGACGAGGCGUUCAAAGAAAUGAUUUCCUCCCUCGUCUCAAAGUUUGCCGGUGUUUUAGACGGCGUCCUCUCCAAGCUCUCGAGAUACGAUGAAGGGACAUUCUUCUCGUCAAUCCUCUCUUUCACAGUGAAAGCAGCUGCCAAAUAUGUGGAAGUCCCUAAACCAGGGAUGGACCUGGCCGACACCUACAUCACCUUCGUGCGGCAGAACCAGGACAUCCUCCGAGAUCGCGUCAACGAUGAGCUCUACAUCGAGGAGGUGUUUGAUCAAUGGUAUACCGGCUCCAUGAAGGCGGUGUGUGUUUGGUUGACUGACAGACUGGACCUUCAGCUCCACAUGUACCAGCUGAAAACACUCAUCAAGAUUGUGAAGAAGACCUACCGUGACUUCAGGCUGCAAGGCGUCCUGGACGGCACACUGAACCACAAGAGCUAUGAGACCAUCUACAACCGGCUGACAGUGGAGGAAGCCACGGCGGCCGUCAAGGCGGGCGACGGCCUGCAGGGCAUCAGCAUGAGAGACAGCGACGAGGAGGACGACUAAACACAGACACACACACACACACACACACACACACAGACUGUCGCUUAACACACCCUGUUACUACCUGAUUGUCGGCCUCUCUAACAGAUCAGGUUAGGUCAGUUAAUGAUACAGUAUGUGUCCCCUACUUCACUAAACAGUUCACAUUAAAAGUUAAAAACUGAGACUAAAGCUGAAACUACAGUCAACAAAUGUAAUUUAACAAUAAUAAUCCUGAAAUAUGUUGCUGCUGGACGAAAUGGCCGUGCUUUCUUCGCAACAACAGGGCAGGCUACUCUAAAGCAUAACCUGCUAGCGUGCCGUGUUGCGGAUGCAUUUUAUCCACUGAACUCCCCUUCAACCAGUCUCACUCAGUGAAAACUGAAGACUAUAAAACUGAAACUAAAGUUAACAAACAUUGUAAAAGAACGUUGCGAAAGGUAAACGCACCAAAACCACCGUGCUGUAUUGUUGAACGGCAGGGACUGCUCAUGCUAACGUUGGGUAGCAAGCCAACAGCUUUUAGCUCACUCACCGCGUACAUAUUUUUUUCACUCAGUCUUUGCAAAAUGUAAACUAAAAUCAAACCCAAACUACAGUCCAGUAGUAUAGUUUGAUAUUAUGUCUGGAGAAAAUAGACAGAAAUAGAUACACAGCUGCCAUUAUUGACAACAGGGCAAUUAACCGUACGCUAACCCUAGCUAGUAAGCCAUGUCGUUGAUGCAUUUUCUCCACUGAACUGUACACGCUUCAGUCAGAAGUACUCAAUAAAAAGAAGAACUGAGAUUACAACUACAGUCAGCAAAAUAACAUUAUAUGAUAAGACUGGAGAAAAUGAACAGAAAUAGAAAGCCGACUGCCAGACAAAAUAGCAAGUCAAGUUAUGCUAGCGCUAGCUAGUGAGUCUUGUUGUUAAAUCAUUUUCUACUCAAGUCUACUUAACUUACUCAAGAAUGAAAAAUUUUAACUUUAAUCAAAGUAAAUAGGAGCGAAUAAAGACAGAAGUCUAGUUGUAUUUUGAAUUGAACUUAAUCGUGAGCUAAACGAUAUCAUUACACCCCUAAUGUGAAUUUAGUGCCCCGCUAGCUAACUUUAUCUUGCUAGCUAACAGAGAACAGAAGCUAAGGGAGACAGCUGUUACCACAGAAAUACAAUUAGAUCAUGGUGAAAUAAAUGUGUGAUGAGAUAUUUUUGUCCUUUGUUACAGUUAUACUAAAAUAUAAAUAUCAUGUAGUCCAGCAGUUACAUUGCUUUCUUUAUCAACCGUGAAGGUAACUACACCGAGAAGUUCCUGCAUCGAGUUUUUUUGGGGGGGGUAACGUCAUACAAGAUUCACACAUUUUAUACAACAUAACCUCCACAAACUAAGAAUAACAUUGCCAUUGUUUUGGGGGUUUUUUUUGGUUUUUUGUCAACAAAUCUGUCAAUGGUUUUCAACUUCCAAGCCCUCUGUGAUUUAUGUUGUAGAUAAACAUUAAAAGCCUUUUUAGGCUUUUGAACGACAGAACUUACUGGAAAUACUGUGGAGAAAAACAAUAUCGAAUACCUGAUGAAGACACUUACCAAGCUUCCAUUUAUUUAGGACUAGGGGGACAAGGGGACACUCUUGAAUAAAGCUGAAUAAAGCUGCUCGUGUGCAGUAGAGGUAAAAUGUCAUUCAUCACGAACAAAGACCUGAUCUGUUGAGGAGGGACGCUCAGGUAGUGACGCACCCCCCUUUUACCCGACCUGUCACAUGCUCACCGCCCAGACACUGCUGUGCAUACAGUACGUAUGAGUCAGAAUGUACGACGAAAAGGAAGCCAAGGUGAGGCGAGACAUCUGAAAGACUCUCCGGACGGUGCUGAGACGAACCUUGUCUGCCCGCUCUCACCUGCAGGGCAGGAAGCCCCGCCCUCCUCCAUGCGCAGCCAUACUCUGAUUGAUGUCACUUUGUACAGCAGAGCUCAGCGAUUGCCGUCAGUGCAGCUCCUCCCUGUUUUGUUUCCAUCCACAGCUGUAGCUUAUUGUUCAAAACUCAAAAGGAUCCGGCAGCUCUGAAACCCCAGAGACCAAGCGACCUUGCUGCCUUGUUUGUCAUAUUCCUCACAGCAACACCACCAAAAUCCACUAAAGAGGUUUUUUUUUUCUUUUUUCUUUUCUUUUCUUUGACAGGAAGCUUGGAAUUGUAAGGUUCAGUCUAACUGGUUUUAUCAGAGCUCAGUUAUCCACUUUCACUUUCCUCACCAGUAAAUCAACAGCAUCGGUCGUUUGUUUAAACGUGUAAAACAACCUCACGUUUUCCUGACAAGCAACCCCGCGCGAUUGUGCAAAUUAUGACCGAUGUGUCUGAUAAGCAAGAACAGAAGAAGUGUGACAGUGUAAUAGCACCUCAGCGCUCAAGGUUGGGGUGGAUUGUUGGGUCAACAAAGCAUCUGACCGCUGUUGUCAUCCUUGACUGUAUGAAACAAUUGUUGACCAACAGUCCAAUGUCAGUUUUGUUUAACAAUGAUUACAAUCUUUCUCCAACCUUGAACAAGUAGCUUUAAUUGGCAAAAUUUAAUCAAACCUUAACAAUACAGGUGGCAGAUCAGAAAAAACUCGUGGGGUGUUUUUAGAAAACGAUUUUUUUGUUUUUUAGACUGAAGGACUUAGUGACCCGCAAUGUGAACAACAUACUGAUGAUUUAGUUUUUUUUUUUUUUUAGCCUUGCCUUAUCGUUGGCCUGAGGGUGCCGCCAGAGGAAAGGUUAGAUGUGUCUAAGUGAAAACGCUGACCCAAUAGCAGCGGCGGUAGAAGACAGCCAGGAGGUCAUUAGGAUUCAUCUUCGAGGGAUCGUUUGGUUUUUUGUUUUUUAAGAAAACUUACACUGGACCAACAUGUGGGACGGCCCAACUGUCCAACCAAUAUCACCAUUCUUUGUCCCACAGCCGUCCACCUCUGUUCCCCCAUGUUCCCUUACAUUCAUACUGGACUAAUCUAUGACACAAAACUCACGUCAAGUACCAAAGUUUCUUUGCUAGUCUGUCUUUUAUGUAGCGUUAGAGAAAGCAAGGUCGAGGUGAUCAACCUCACAAACCAAACAAUUGAUCUCGGCUUUUGUCAACCUUCGCCGUGAUCUUUCCUUUAAAGUAGGCAAGUGUUUUAGUUGCCUAAACUUACCCAAACCUUAACGGAUGAUUAUAGUUUUACAGUUUGGGUCUCUAUGGUUUUGUCCAUCAGUACUAUUAACAUUGUGCUCAUCAAGUUAACUUCUGAGAUGUGAGAAAAACAGUGACAUCUCCAAAAAGAAGGUCAAAGGGGUUAAGAAAGAAGAGCAGGCAAACGAUCAAACGGAUUGGAAAGAAGCUAACAGAUUAUCCAGAUUAUCUAAACCAUUGUCAGUGACCUCAAACUGACAGUUAGUGCACCUGAAAUUUCGAUAAUGAUCGAGAAAAGAGGACUGUGAACUAUGUUGGAUGUUUACAAUGGACAGUUUGAGUCUUAAUUUUACCGUUAGCCUCUGUUUUCCCUUUCAGAUAAGUUUGGCUAACCUGGAGGUUUGUUUCCAACCUGUGUAAUUGUCUGACAGCUCGUGUUUCUUUACCUGUUGGACGUUGCUGUUAAAGUAACUUGUAAAAAUGAUGCCCAAACCUACGAAAACGAGACCCAAAUUGUAAUAAACCAGAAUUAUCCUUUAACCAGACCUUAACUAGAGUGUAUUUGCCGCAGUCUUUCCUUAACCUUGAUCAUGUUGUAGUUGCCGAGCUUUGAUAUUGUCAAAAUGGAAAAACAUUAGCAUUUAACAUCAAAAACUUUGACAUUGACAGAAUCGAGGGUUUUUCAUAUUCAAUAUUACGUUUUUGUCUGGCAAUAGGGUUUAGCUGUCAGGUUAAAAAAAAACCAAAAAAAAACACUUAAUAGCUGAAUGUUUGAUGUUCAGUGUCUUAGAUCUGCAGUCGCACUCUUACAACUCCGAGCUGACGAAAUGUUGCUGUGGUUGCUGUAGCUUCCGAAUCUGAACCUUCUGUAGCUCAUAAAUGUCCCCACUGCUAAACCAGGACCGGUGGUCUCAGGUGAUGCAGAAAAGUAAAUACUGCUGCGGGUCCGGGCUCUGCGAAACAGGGACGACACGAAGAGUCGGUUUUCACCACAUGACGGUCUUAAAGGGGUGUUGGGAUUGCAUAAGAACUGGAAGUGAAAGCGGGGAAUAAUUGUUCAUAAACACAACUACAUGUUGGUGUAGUUGCAGAUCUGCUGUCAUCUCUGUUCAUUGUGAUAUUUACUGUUGUGGAGAAUUAUAUUGAGCUGUGGAGUGGUAUGGUCGUUCUGCCUGAUGUGCAUCAUAUCCAACAUCGAUCAAAGUCUUAAGGAACGCGCCAACAAACUGAAAAAAGGUCUGGACUUUUUUUAGCAGGAACGACCCGGGAGCACGUGGUUCUGUUUUUAAUCUGUUUAUUGUGUUUAAUCUGAGUAGCUGUGAGCGGACGAAGCCUCUCGUCACUGCUCUUGCUUCAUUCUCUACUGUCUGUUUGCGUGUCGUUGAGAAAAAAAAAAAGAGUUUUAUCUGUAAAUUCAGUGUAGAUCCAGUUCGUGUCAGUGCAGUUCAAAGGGCCAAAAACUAACGGACAGAAAUCUAUUUGAAGAAGUAUAUUUAUAUUGUCUUAAUGUGCACCUGUUUUGUUCAGGUGUCUAU